GCUCGUGCAAAUUUUUUUCAAUUUUUAGCGGAACACUUUCUCCCAAGCGAAUUAAAAUGUGCUCACCAUUGUGGCUCUACUGCCGGGGAUGUUAGAAUGACCAAAAAGAAACCAUCGCCACAAAACCGCAUCUGGGAAAAGGAACGCCGUGACCGGUUGAAUCAAACGUUCGACAGUCUAUCGAAACUGCUGCCCGAGUAUGAACCGGCAACUCAGCUCAGCAAAAUCGAAGUCCUCCAGCGGACGAUCGAAUAUGUGGAGAAACUACAGGACAAGAUUAAAGCCUUCCUCGAGGAACGGGACACCCUGCUCAAGAAACACGUUGAUGAAUUGGAGGAACGUCUGCAGGUGUUGAUAGCAAGAAACGAGGAUUUGGCAGCUCUACUGAAGAAAUCCAACAUCAACGUUCCUCCCUGCAAGCUAGCGUCGCCAAUCAGCGGAAAGGAUUCACCCGUAGGGAAACAAGAUGCUUCACCACUGGACCCAGCUAAAUCGAGCAAGAAGCCACCUUCCAAGCAGAAGAAAGCGUCGGAUAAGGAAGAUUCCGACAGAAAAGCGGGGGAAGCUUCGGGUAAAACGGAUACAAAUUCUGUGAUAGAAAACAUCAGUAGCGUCAGCAGUGAUAUUAGCACUGCUGUUUCUACUUCCGAAAUUGUGAGCAAAUCGGUAGCGGAAGCCGUUGCGGUUGUAACCGUGAGUAAUGUCACGGCUACGGCUCUUCCGGUUGCCGUUACAACCAGUGUCUCCGGCACAUGUCUCGUUAUGGCCAACAAUCAAAUCGUGGGCACCCUGAAGCAGUCGAAUGGCGUGAACGUCACUCCUGCGCUGCUACCAACACCCAUAAUGGCCACCGGGGUCAUCAUAUCCAACAACGGGAACCUCCUUCAAAUGCCACUGGCAGUACCGCCAACUUCGUCGCUUCUGAUCGUCAGCAACGAAGAUGUACGGUCGAAGCUCAGCCUGCGAAAGACGAGGGGAUCCGGUUCCAGCUCAAAACCUUCGUCCUCGAAGACCAACUCUGCUCGAAAGGGGAAAUUUACCAUCAAAUCCAUCGAUGUCAUUCCGGGACGGAUUGUCAACGGAAAGAUUCCUAUCCCACCGCUGAAGCGACCUCCUCCCACAGGAAGAUCGAAAAAGGAAACGCGAAAGAAGCGAAGAAAACGGAAAGCAAGUGAACAAAAGGAGAACGAAGAGAUUGGAGAAGCGAAGAAAGCGAAGUUGAACGAUAGUAAGAGUGAGGAGGUGGUUGAUGAAGUCGGUGAAGUACCAGAAGUACCUGAGGCAGCAAAGCAACCCGAAGUUCAACCAACUGAGAAUGUAAUUCAGGUUCAGGAAAGACAAACAGUUCAAGUGGACGAUAGAGCCAGCUCGCUUGAAAUUAACCUCGAUCAAGGAGAUCUAACUGUAGACAUCUUCGCUAACCUGCAGGUUCCAGACGAGGAGCCGGACGUCAAUCAAGGAUCCCUUUCGCCGACCGCAGCUUACCUCAUGAACUUCCCGCUGGUUUCCACGGGUGGAAAGGCUAGUGGUAAUCACGUGGAAGGUGCUGGAGAGGUGGAGCCUACGGAUUGCGUCGAAGGUGAUAAGAAGACUUCACAGCAAACUCCCGAUACUAGCCUGCUGUUGGACAAUUUCUCGUCAUACUUCAAUCCAACCAUAUACGCUGGUCUGGACAGUGUGAUUCAGCCAAUUGUAGAAAUCCCUGUUACUUCCGUAGCAGUAUCUUCCAGCUUUUCAACGAUUUACCAGUCAAUCGACAGUAUGAUCGAGCAUAAGACACCCCGAGUAACGGUAACCUCGGACUGCAGAUACAACACAACGCCUUUCACGUUUACGCUAACAUCUACAAGCAAUACCAUAACGACUCAAUCCUACGAUUACCGGCACGCCUCAUCGUCCAACUACUUCUAUCCCACGGCCGCGAGCGCUACCAAACCCAUUGACGACUUCGGCCUUCCAAAACUGCCGAUCGUCAGUGAGUUCACCUUCUCUCUGACGAGUACGAUUCAGAGUGGUCCAAAAACCGUCCAAUCGCAAUAUACGAACAGUACGAUCUUCUCGUCAACCAUCACUACGCCUUCCUACAGCACCUAUGGUUAUCAAACUAAAGCCAGUAAAACCGCCAACUACAACUCCAACUACUUCCCUGAAGUUUCCAAACCGGAGUCGAAGACUCCAAAAAAGUACGACUUCUUGGAAGCAGAGAAACCUGCAACAAGCUUCACCUUCUCGCUAACGUCGACUACCAAAACCAACCCCAAAAAUACGUAUCCACCGGUAGUGGCUUCUUCGUCAUCGUACACCACACCAUACGUUACCACUUCGGCAUCUUCGUGCGCUAAAAUCGAAGACUGCCUGUACAAAGCCUCCAAAUCAUCUGUCACCAGCCAAAAUCUCUACAAAACACCACCGAAGCAGAAGGUCAAUCACUACCCCGUAAUUUCCACUGUCCAGUCAACAUUCCCAACACAAACAUCAACACACUCGCAGUCCAAAUACGAUGUCAACUGGAUGACUUCGCAAGAUCCGAAACCAUCUACCAACAACCAAGACUACAGUCAACUUCUCCCGUCGCUUGAAUUCAACACUGCGCCGUCUCAUACCUACCAAACCAACAUCGAUCUGAGUCGCAAAUCGGACAUCUUCUUCGCCCAUCCAUCUGGCGAGGAAAACCUGGUAACGUGGUCACCGAACAAGCUUACCAACAUCCUCAACGACACCACGUCCUCGUACUAUCCAUCGACCACCACUAGCCUACCGAACCUGCACGGAGACCUAGCCCUCAACUGCCCCCUGAAUACGAACAAACCGAUCCAUCAGCAACGAAAGCCUAAUGAUUCGUGUAGCACCUUCCUUUCCGUUCAGCAGCUGGUCGAUCAGCCCCGGAAAAGUACAACCAGCAAGAAUUACUCCAGUUGCAGUAACUACUCCACCAACCAGAAGCCGUUGAACAACAACUAUUCCGCCGAAUCGCUCAUUGGAACGUCCACUGGCAGUUCCAGCAAAAAAGACAAAUUCUACACCGAUACCAGCUACAACAGCUACAGUACGUACCAACCUGAAGUGAACUCCGGAGCUGGUCUCUCGUUCAACUUCGAUUAUUCAACCGACUACAGCAAAAACUACAACUACAGCUGCCAACAGAACUACAUGCCUUCGUUCGUUGACAACAGCUACGGUCUCUCUACGAUAUCAUCGGCCACUUUAACGACCCCCUCCUCGUCAUCGUUCCCGGUUACCAGCUGCUACGCCGGUUAUGGAUACCCGUCGGAUAAGAAACAAUCAAGCUCUUCUGCCACCGGUAGCUACUAUCAGAACUCUUCCUACCAAUCGGGUACCGUUCCCGAUAUCCCGUAUUAUGUCCCUGCGACGGAAAAACGAACACUCCCAUCUAACCCUACCAACGCGAAACCGAAGAAGCACCACAAACAGCCGCUGCCGUCGACCGACUACAGCUCCCUUCCAUCGAGCUUCCCAACGAUUCUACCGCCGCCACCUAGUUUAGCGCCAGCACCAACGUUGGACGAUCCCCUCAGUGGCUACAAUGUGGUAACGACCACAAGCUACCAACAAUCGUACCAAGCCACCAUGCCGAAUUACUCCUUCGGUAGUCAACCGUACCAGCCGUCGCCGGUGGCUUCGGCAGCAGUCGUUGGCGGCAGUGGUAGCAGUUCGACGCUAACGAACUUCAAUCUCAGCACCAUCUGUCCGGAGAUCAACGAGAAGAGGGGCCCAUCGAACAAUGGUGGAGGACCGGCAGCGGUGAUUGGUGGAACGGUGAGUGCCAGGCAUACAAUUGCCGGGGUCGGCGGGUGGUGAGGGGUAUGUAAAUAUUUAUAGGGUUUAUAGGCUGAAUAUU